GCAUAAACCAAAGGUUCAUGCCAUGGACUCCUAAGGAAUCAGCCUCCUGGCAUGUGCACCGUAGUCCCAUGGGCACAUGUAGGGCCUGCGCCUCGGCUCCCUCACGGCCACCGCCUUGUCACAUGGCCAUGCAUACGCCUUUAGGGCACCAUCUCGGCCGAGGCUGGGCAAGAGAUCGCCGGAGGAAGGUGGAGAUGGGGAAGACUUUUGUGAGGAAAGAGGAAAAGUACCAUGGCCGACGGGACGAGAGAGACGAUAAGCCACGAGUCUAUCGCGGUGUAGACGGCUCCCGUUCACCAGAUCCGUAUUCGCAGGGGACCUACGGGGUGUAGGAGAGCUGUAUCCGUGUCUUUUCUACUUGACAGCUUCCUGUCCGGCGUGAUUAAAGGGACUAAUCACUGCUUUCCAGCGUCUCUUCGAUCCAGCCGCCGCCACCGCCGUUUCUUCUCUCCAGACUCACUUAUUCCUCUGUCUUCUCGUUCCCCAUCCCGCUCCAGCGCUCCUACUUCCGAAGCACACAUCAUGGCUAGGAAAUUAAUGGAUAUUUCCGUUGUAGCUGAUUUCUUUGACCCACUAUUAGUUUCUCCAUCUCACUUCCCCAUGGAUUUCCCUAUAAGUACUUCCAUCGAGCGAGCGGCAUCAGGCCACACUUCAUCGGCCCAGUCUCUUUGCAAAUUGCAAUUUUCUUGGGUCAACAGCUCCGCUCACAAAGUUCUUGCUGCUCAUUUGAGGAAUACAAGGACCAUAGCUAGAUGGCAAGAUCCAACAUGCUUGGGACUGGAUAGCUGGAUUUCUUCAAUACUCCGACAAAUUCAGGUGUUCCCGCUCCUUUCCUGUAAAAAUGUUGCCUAAAAAGCAUUUGUCUGGUUCUGAGAAAAGAAGAAAGAAAAAGGCAGAAAAAGAGUUCAUUGAUACUCAAAAGGGUGCUAUGCACAAAUUUCUUCCUAGGAAAGUCGUUGCUGAGAGUUCGAAUCAAUUAGAUCAACAACCCGUAGAAGCCUUAGAUUCUACAAAUGAUCACAAUCAGGGCAGAAAUUCGGGUGAGCAUGAAAAUGAUGCCAAUUCUGAAAACCCAAUUCCUAAUGAACAAGAAACUAGUCCUUUAGAUAUUUAUGACCCUCAGAACUGGGAGAAUCUUGACAAUAAGUCUAGAAACAUUUUAGUUGAGAAGGGGCCUAGAAGGGACUAUAAUCUUGUGUUUCAAUCGGAUAAUACUUCUAGUUCUAGACAUUUUUCAUAUGCGUACUACUCAAGAAAGUUAAGCAAUGGUGAGGUAAGUGAUAGAAAAUGGUUAGUGUACUCUAAACACGUGAACAAAGUUUACUGUUUUUGUUGCAAGCUUUUUAAAUCUCAAGCUAGUAAAAGUAUGUUGGCAUCUGAGGGACUAUGUGACUGGAAACAUCUAAGUGAGCGGCUUAAACAUCAUGAGAAUAGUAUCGAGCACCUCACUAAUAUGAACACGUGGAAUGAACUAAGAGUGAGACUACGUAACAAUCAAACUAUUGAUAAGGAUGUGCAGCUUGAAAUUGCAAAAGAAAAAGAGAGGUGGAGGCAAGUGUUAGUAAGAAUUAUUGCUGCCGUGAAAUUUCUUGCUAAACAUAAUCUGGCUUUUCGAGGAACAAAUGAGAAACUUUAUCAAGAUGAUAAUGGUAAUUUCUUGGGGGUAGUUGAAAUGAUUGCAGAAUUUGAUCCCAUAAUGCAAGACCAUAUUAGGCGCAUCCAAAAUAGUGAAAUUCAUCAUCAUUAUCUUGGACAUAAGAUCCAAAAUGAGUUAAUUGCUCUUCUUGCUGAUAGUGUUAAGAGUUCUAUCUUGAGAAUAAUUAAGGAUGCUAAAUAUUUCUCUGUAAUUCUGGACUGUACCCCGGAUGUAAGCCAUGAAGAACAAAUGACUUUAAUUGUGAGGUGUGUUAACAUGUCAAGUACCAUUACAAAAGUAGAGGAAUUUUUUCUAGAGUUCUUGAAGGUUAAUGAUACAUCUGGACUAGGACUUUUCAAGGAGCUAAUAGAUGCACUUAAAUCUCUUGAUUUGAAUCUUAAUGAUGUUAGAGGUCAAGGGUAUGAUAAUGGUUCUAACAUGAAGGGAAAAUACCAAGGGGUUAAAAGUCGAUUGCUUGAAAUAAAUCCAAGAGCAUUAUACAUGCCAUGCGCUUGUCAUAGUUUGAAUCUUACACUUUGUGAUAUGGCAAAAUCUUGCGGCAAAGCUAUUACAUUCUUUGGAGUUGUGCAGCGAAUUUAUGUUUUAUUUUCAAGUUCUACCAAGAGAUGGAAAUUAUUGCGUGAUAAUGUUUCAGACUUGACUGUGAAAUAUUUGUCUACUACGCGUUGGGAGAGUCGAAUAAAAAGUGUUAAAGCAAUUAGAUUCCAAGCUCCUCAGUUGCGUUCAACUUUAUUAGAAUUGGAAAGAACUUCUGAUGAUGACCCCAAAACUAAGAGUGAUGCAAAAUCUUUGGUUAGUGCACUUGGAAAUUUUGAAUUUUUACUUGGCAUGAAGUAUAGAAAUGAGGGCUUUACAUCUAGUAUGCAGAUUGCAAAAUCUAUUGCAUCUAAAAUGAACGUAGAACCUACAUUUCCUACAAAACGUCGUGUUACCAGGAAAAGACAUUUUGAUGAAUUGAAUGAAAAUGAUCAAAAUGAUGAAGAAGUGCAAGCAGUCGAGGAGUCAUUUAGAGUAAAUUAUUUUCUUGUCAUGAUAGAUGUGGCAAUUGGUUCACUGACCAAAAGAGUUGAUGAGCUAAAGUCAUUUGGAAGUAUGUUUGGUUUUCUGUUCAACUCGAAAGAAUUGAAGUCAUUAGAGGACGAUGCUCUAAGAAAAUGUUGCAGCAACUUUGCAAAUACUUUUACUCAUAACAACUCAUCAGAUGUUGAUUCGAAUGAUUUUUUUUCUGAAUUGAAAGUUCUACAAAUGAUUUUGCCAAAUAACCUCAUGUCAGCUGAUGAGAUUUUUGAGUUUGUUCGAGCUGCAGAUUGUUACCCAAAUGCUUCAAUUGCUUACCGAAUCCUCCUAACCAUACCUGUGACUGUAGCAUCGGCUGAGAGAAGCUUUUCCAAGUUAAAAUUACUGAAAAAUUAUUUGAGGUCAACUAUGUCCCAAGAAAGAUUGAAUGGUCUGGCCAUGUGUUGUAUUGAGAAAAGCAUGUUGGAUAAUAUCAAUCUUGAUACAGUAAGAGACUUGCUGGAAAGAAGACUGCUCCUCGUUUGGUCAUUGUUGAAGUACUUCUGCUGGGCUGAGGACACAAAGUAG